AUUUCCCCAGCGCUUUCUGUACAUGUAUGAGGAAAUCCCACUGAACCUUCCCUCCACAAAGCUACUGCGGGUCGGGGAUGAUGCAUGCUGCACAGGGAGCCUCCUCCCAUUCCCACCUUCACCCGCGGAUCUGGAUGUUUCCCGGCCGCGUGGGGAGCGCAGCAGCCGGGCGCCCACACGCCGCCACCCGCGGCCUCCCGCCCUCGCGAAGGGGAGCCCGUCCCGGCCGCAGGAACAGGUGGGGCGGACGGCAGGGCACAGCCCGCCUGCCGGGCCCUCACCUCGUUGCCGCGCUGUCUGCGUGCGAGCCGCUGCUCCCCCUGCACCUCACCCAGAAAUUUUUUUUUUGCCAGGCUUCGCGCCGCCCGCCGCCACCGAAGGAGCACCCAGGGUGGUUGUGGGCUUAGGGUGGCAAACUUUCUGCCCAGAUGGGCCAGGGUGGCAGCUUCGACCUCCCUUUCUGUUCAACAUCACGGCUGCAGCACCAUCCUCCCUCGGGGGCGCCACGCUGAGCGGGGGGCGGUGCGGUGGAGCCCUGCGCUCGUUCCGGCAGCGGGCGCCGCUCCGUUUCGGUCCGCCCCGCACCGGAGAGAGCGCGGCAGGCUCCGGCGGGCUCUGCUGCUGCUCCUGCUGCUGCUACUGCCGCCGCCACCGCUGCCCCCGUCGCAGGAGGAGAAAGAUGGAGCCGGGCAAGGAGCCCCGAGUGACCGCGGGGGAGAAGCCCAGCGAACCAGAGCCGGCGGUUUCCUUCCAGGCCCGGCUGUGGAAGAACCUGCAGCUGGGGGGCAAGGGCCGGAGCGGCGGCGGGCGGGCAGCAGCCGAGCGCCGCACUGCGGAGCCCCUCGCCCCGCCACCGCCGGCCGGCAGCAAGGGGGACCUCCAGCCCGGCGGCAAGUGGAGCGGCUUCAAGCGACGGCGGCAAGUGCUAGACCGCGUCUUUUCGUCCUCCCAGCCCAACCUAUGCUGCUCGGCCGCCGAGCCGCUGGAGCCGGCCGGCGAGUCCGGCUCCGCCCUGCGCCGCCUGCGGGAGCACCUGCUUCCCCAAGGCAAGGGGCCGCCGCCCGGCCGCCGCCCGGAGCCCGCGGCCGGCGCUGAGGGGCCGGCGGGUGGCAGGGAGGGGCGCCGGCCCGGGGCGCACCUGUCCCACCAGAAGAGCUCCUCGCUGCCCAGUACCGCCUGCCUGGAGCAGCUGCUGCAGGGAUCGCCCGCUGCCGGCAGGAUCCAGGACCAGCGGACGGAGGACGGCGACAGCAGCGCGAGAACAAAUUCAUUUGGAACUAGUAAUGCAGAUUUCCCCCCUGGGGACCCUGGAAUGUACCAGUUGGAUGUUACACUAAGAAGAGGACAGAAUCUAGCUGCACGGGACCGUGGAGGAACAAGUGAUCCAUAUGUCAAGUUCAAACUUGGAGGAAAAGAAGUAUUUAGAAGUAAAACAGUACACAAGAACCUCAAUCCUGUGUGGGAAGAAAAGGCUUACAUUCUUAUAGAUAACUUAAGAGAACCAUUGUAUAUAAAGGUAUUUGAUUAUGACUUUGGACUUCAAGAUGACUUCAUUGGUUCAGCAUUUUUGGAUCUCACAUCAUUGGAAUUAAACAGGCAAACAGAUGUUACUUUGAGUCUGAAGGAUCCUCAUUACCCUGACCAUGAUCUGGGAAGUAUAUUCCUGUCAGUCCUGUUGGCUCCAGGAGACCAGCGAGAAGCGACAAUGCUAAUGAGGAAGAGUUGGAAAAGAUCAAGUAAGUUUCAGACCCAGAGCUUACGUCUCUCAGACCUGCACAGAAAGUCUCAGUUAUGGAGAGGGAUAGUUAGUGUUACCUUAAUAGAAGGCCGUGAACUUAAGGCGAUGGAUGCAAAUGGACUCAGCGAUCCUUAUGUCAAGUUUCGUUUGGGGCAUCAGAAGUACAAGAGCAAGAUUGUUCCAAAAACUUUGAAUCCUCAGUGGAGGGAGCAGUUUGACUUUCAUCUGUAUGAAGAACGAGGUGGAAUUAUUGAUAUUACCGUGUGGGACAAAGAUGUUGGCAAAAAGGAUGAUUUCAUUGGCAGGUGCCAGAUUGACCUGUCCACCCUGAGUAAAGAGCAAACCCACAAGCUGGAGGUGCCGCUAGAGGAGGGAGAGGGAUACCUGGUGUUGCUGGUCACUCUCACAGCCUCAGCUGCAGUCACUAUCUCUGACCUCUCCAUCAACUCCCUGGAGGACCAGAAGGAGCGAGAGGAGAUUCUGAAGAGAUAUAGUCCAAUGAUGAUGUUCCAUAACAUCAGCGAUGUGGGAUUUCUUCAGGUGAAGGUCAUCAGGGCAGAAGCAUUGAUGGCAGCGGAUGUCACAGGUAAAAGUGAUCCAUUUUGUGUAGUUGAAUUGAACAAUGACAGACUGCUGACACAUACUGUCUACAGGAACCUCAAUCCAGAAUGGAACAAAAUCUUCACAUUCAAUAUAAAGGACAUCCACUCAGUGCUUGAAGUGACAGUUUACGACGAAGACCGUGAUCGAAGCGCUGACUUUCUAGGCAAAGUUGCUAUACCAUUGCUGUCUAUUCAAAAUGGUGAACAGAAAGCCUACGUCUUGAAAAACAAGCAGCUGACAGGGCCAACAAAGGGGGUCAUCUAUCUUGAAAUAGAUGUGAUUUUUAAUGCUGUGAAAGCCAGCAUACGAACCUUAAUGCCCAAAGAACAGAAGUACAUUGAAGAGGAAGACAGACUGUCUAAACAGCUGCUGCUAAGGAACUUCAUCCGGAUGAAGCAUUGUAUCAUGGCGCUCGUUACUGCUGUCUGCUAUAUUAGCAGUUGUUUUGACUGGGAUUCUCCUCCAAGAAGUCUAGCUGCUUUUUUGCUUUUUCUUUUUGUGGUCUGGAACUUUGAGCUCUACAUGAUACCACUGGCUUUGCUGCUGCUGCUGGCAUGGAACUACUUCUUGAUCGUAUCAGGAAAAGAUAACAGGCAACAUGAUACAGUAGUGGAGGACAUGCUAGAGGACGAGGAAGAAGAGGAUGACAGAGAUGACAAGGACAGUGAAAAGAAAGGAUUUAUGAAUAGACUUUAUGCCAUCCAGGAGGUGUGUGUCACUGUCCAGAAUAUCCUAGAUGAAAUUGCUUCCUUUGGUGAGAGGAUCAAGAAUACAUUCAACUGGACUGUCCCAUUCCUGAGCUGGCUGGCAAUUGUUGCCCUCUCUGUGUUCACCAUCAUCCUGUAUUUCAUUCCACUGAGAUACAUUGUCCUUGUCUGGGGCAUCAAUAAAUUUACAAAGAAGAUUCGAAAUCCAUAUGCAAUUGAUAACAAUGAGCUACUUGACUUUCUGUCCAGAGUCCCUUCUGAUGUGCAAGUGAUGCAAUACCAUGAACUGAAACAAGAUCCCACUCACAGCCCAAGCAAGAGAAAGAAAAACAAUCUUGCCUAGCCGACUUCAUGUGUUGAGGAGACCAGCAUCUGCCAGGGGAAGAUAAAAGAGCAAGCCUAAGAAGCGUUUCCUUUCUCUAAGAUUUUUAUUUAUCUUGCCUUUUUAUCUAUUGGGGAGAUUUUGUAACAGUAUUAAAAGGUGGAAAAUGACUUCUCAUGGAAAAUCUAUUUCUCAUUGUAAAGAUAUUUGUUUCAAGUAGGGUUUUUGUCAUUUUAAAGCCUUGUUAGAAAUAAUAUAACACAUUAAAUGAGUCAAUCUAAAAUGGAGAAUAUAUAUUGCUACUUGGUGGUCAAAGAUACAUGAGAUAGUAAAAUCAUGCUAACAAAAUCUACAAAACACUAAAUCUGACUCAGAAAUUCCUCAUAUUUUAUUUGUGAGCCUUCAUAUUUUUAUCCAGUUAGUCAUCAUCACAAUUUUCUAUGUUUUAUAUAUUGCAAGAGAAAUGCAAUGUAGUGGAGCCUACUGCACUUAUGUUUUAGUAGAUUUUUUUAAAUUUCAGACCCUGAUGUUAACUUCUGGUGCAACAUUUUUCUAUGUGGUAGGGCUGCUUAUAAGACAGUGAGAAACACCAAGUGCAAAUCUCUUUGUGGAGCUCCCAAAAGCAGUUCCUGCUGUCUUUAUCAUUCCAUUGUAAGACCUAAAAAUCUCUGUUUCAAAAUACUGCCAGGUUUGUAACUGAUUGCCUGUCAUAUUUUUCUACAUGUACCAGUAGUCUUCAUUUGUACUACAUAGCUUAGCUCUAAUGGGUAAAAUUAACUCCAUACUGCUUUGGGUGUCAUGCUAUGAACACGUUUUUGUGCACAUAACUAUUUUAAUAUGGAUAUCUUGCAGAAAAGGUUUUUCAUUCAAAUCACAAGAUCAUAUUAAUAUGCUUUAUGGUAUAACAUUGCCUGUUACCAAUGUGAAAUACCGUGUAGAGGAAAAAAAAUGAAGUUACGGUAAAACUGAUACACCAGGGUUUUUUCCUUAGUUAAUAAUGUCGGUUCUUCUGAUACAAUCUUUCCCUACUGCAUGGAAACUGCAUUAUCUUAUAAAUUACAUGGAACAUAGAUGAGAAACAUUUACAUUUCAAAUGUCUUAGUGGCCACUGCAUAACGAGUACUUGGGGAUAUAUUCUGGUAGCUGCAUGCAGACUUCCACACUCAGCUCCCCACAUAGUGAGCAGAGACUCAUUCCUGAGGGACUACCUGUGCACAGCUCCUCAUCAUUAGUUCCCAGUGACAUUAAAGGGGAUUUUUGCCCAGGGGAGAAUGACAGGACUGCAUCCUCAAGGGGAGCUGUGGUCCUCUAUGGAUUACCUCUCACUGGUUGCAAUUGCAGAUAAAGUUAUAUUGCACUACUCUAAAAAUACUUUUUGAAAAGUCUAUUUAGAAAUACUUUGCAAGCACAUGUGAAUAUGUAUUUGUCCAAAGAAAUAUGUGUUAGUUGCAUUGCUUAUGAAGGAUCAUCCUGGAUUUCUUUGUUUUGCAGAUAAGAUGAUAGCCAAGUUCUUAUGUGACAGUUACUUUGAUCCUUCUGUUUGUAUAUUUAAAAGAAUGCCAAUCAAAUGAAUGGUCUGUAGAAAGCCAUGGACUUAAACAAGCUCUUGUUACAUCAUGACUUUGAAAGAGUUUUAACUUUGCAGCUUGUGUAACCUUUUGGCUGUAUCCUACCUGAAGAGCAACAUGCUAUUGGUGAAAUCAAAGGCACUGGUCAGCCUAUUUUGUUUUAAAAAAAACAAAUUUGUGAUCAAUCAACAAGAUGUGAUGUUUGUUGCCUGUUGUCAGUUUGGCACAUUUCUUUAAUACACUGCAAGCCUUGUACCUUCUUAACGUUGCCCACCAGCCUGCGUGUGAUUUCUUGUUGUCUUUCUUUUUGUACACAAUUUCAAAUGUCUGCUUUGGUGGUAAUAUCUGAGCUGGUUAUGCAUGUUUCCAGAAUUAAACACACUUCUAAGCAUCACUCUAUUAGAUAUUCUUAAGCCUCUGUCUUUGAAAUCCUAUGUUGUCGUUUUUCCAUGAGUGUUGUGAUGGGCAAGGGAAUUUCCUUGGGCAGGAUUUUAGUAUUUUAAGUUCCCUAACAUGCAGGGAUGGGGUCGGGGGGAAGGGAGACAACAAACGUCUGUUUGUUGAAAAAUGGUGAACUCCUUUUAAAUCUCUCAGUCACUCAAAAUUGAUCUCACUGAAAAUAUAACACACAGAGGCAAGGCUAAGAACACUUAUUGAUUAAAUAUUAUUCUCCUGCCACAACAAGACAAUUUAAAAUCACAAUUAAAAUAGUUUGUGAGUGAACCCCUUUUCACUAUUUCCAGAUUGUCUAUGCUGCUUUGUGUAGGUGGCCUCUGUAAAGAGCCAGUCCUGUCUUAUGCCAUGAAUAUUCCAACAUAUCUUCCUUUUCCAGACUGAUUCUGAAGUCCAUUUUUAACCUGUUGGAUUUGGCAGGCUUUAUUCUGAAAGCAACUUGUCUGUUCAUAAACAACCAAAAAAGAAUAAGGCAUGUCACAAUCAUGAAAUUGUUCUCAGUAAAUAAAAUUUAACUUCAUGUGAGUUCAUAGAAAAAUAUUAGUUUAGUUGGAUGUCAGAGCACUCAGAAUUCACUAAGGCUGAUUAAUCUGAGAGGCUGUUGUUACAUUCCUGCUGAUAACUCCCAGUACAGAACUUGCUUACCCUGUUUUUACCGUUGUUCCUCUUUGCAGGAACACCUAUGUAUUUUUCAAAAUAGCAAUGAGCUUUAACUGGAAUAGCUGCUGUAUUUGUAUUUUAAAUCCAAGUGCAAUAACCCUCAAGUUUGUUUUUUUUUUUUUUUCUAUUGCAAUUGAACCAACAGUGAAAUAAUAAGAAAAUAAUUAAGCAGUCUGCAUACAGUCUAUCAGCUAAUUUGGUCCCCUAGAGCAUAGGCUUCACCAACAAGAGGAAGAGCUGCCAGCAAAUGCACUGCAUGAUGCUAAGGUAUUUAAUAUGAAGAUAAUUCAGGAGCAUGAAGCAAAGGAGGUAAAGGAAAACUUAUUUAUUUCAUCAUUGUUAGAUUACACGUGUUACAAAACAUAAUGAAAAGCUUUGCAACUCUUUGCUCAGCAGGCAGGGUUCCCAACCAGUGGUUUAACUGACUUGUGGUUCACACAGAGCUUGAGUGCUUUGUGGCAGAAACUCUUCAGGUGACACUGACUCACUUGCAUCUGCACCUCAGCUCCCAGAGUCUGCUCCAAGCCUCUACCACCUCCUCACUGAAUGGCAACAGCAAAAGGUAUUGGCUUGUUGUUGAGCUGGGUACUUAACAAAAAUAUCUUUUUUCCAGUGGUGUUUUUGCCACAUUAAAGCACUGACCUUGCUGAUUUGCAGUUUGGUGCACUGACCAUUUCUCUGACUUGCAAAACUGUAGGCCUCAGAAGCAGACUGCAGAGCAUGUAUAUCCUUGAGCUGCACUCAUAAAAGGAGGUUUUUUGCUGCCUUUUGAAAAAAUAUGCCAAACAAAAAAGAAAAAUAUUUUUCUUCCCCAUAGGAUUUCUAGCCUUGGGACAUUUAACAAGCUCAACAAGCAAAUGUACUUGUAUCAGGAGGAGUCUGUUGUUUACAGUCAUGAGAUAAUGACUUGAUCAAAAGAAAUGAGCCUGGAGAGUAAAGCAAGACCUUUCCUACGCUGUGUUUGUAUUAUUCAGGCUGAGUGUUCCUGAACAUAUCUGUUGGGAAAUGGGAAAAAGAAAUGGGGAAGGAUUGCUUAAAUAAA